UGGGAAAAGAAGUUUGGCAGAAAUUUGAAAGAAAUUUCAUUUUUCUUAAUUUUCACUGUAGAAAUUUUUGUGUAGGAUUUGCCAAGGAAUGUCUUUUAAUGAAACUAUCAUUGUUGUGCAUGAAUUCUCCAUGAAGAACUCCAAUUAGGUAUCUUGGAAAUAAUUCAAGAUUAAAGUACCUCAGAUCAUUUCUGAUUGUUUAUUAAAUCAUAAUUAGGCAUCAUUAUUAGAAAAUGGCUAACUUUGCUGGUGUGAGAGGUAGUAAUGCUGGGCAAAAAGGAGACCUCUCUCAACAAAACACUCCAAGUUCAGCUGCUGCAAACAUUGGCAGUGGCAGCAUCUUCUUCCGUUCCAAGCUGCGAUCAGCCAUUAGCUCCUCCAAUGACCUCAUUUCUAGUAUUUCUAAUAGACUAAGCCUGUUGUCCAAUCCUCCUGAUGCUCCCCCAAGACUUCCUCCAACUCCCCCUGAGCAAGCCCAAAGUCUAGCAACCAGGGAAUGGGUGGAGGGUGCAUGGGCCAAUAGGGGUGAGAUGGACCCUCCUAGCAGUCCUGAAACCACCAUAACAAAGCUAAAGGGCAAGUUUAAGUUGGAAAACCUUCAGGAAAACUUGCAAGAAUUGGGUCCUGCUUUAGAGGACCUAAUUGCACCUGACCCUGUGUCAGACCAGUCAUCAACUCUGCCGUCUAACACUCCCCCUUACUCGCCUGGCAUUGGAGAAAGAAUACGAGCUGCCAUCAACCCCACUCUGGAGCGCAAGCUUGAGGACUAUAAGGCAAUAGCGAUUCGAACCUUGAGUGGAGAACCAUCUGCAGCUGCCUGCCAGAAAAUAGACUUGGAUGUCGCUGGUGCUGGAGCCAAGCGUCUUUCUCAGACAAACUGCUCAAUUAAAGUGGACUUAGUAGAAGACUCGUGCAGCCCGCGAGGCUCUCAAGGUGAUCCUCAAGACUCCAACAGAGAAGGCGCUACUGAAGGUCAGAGCGUUUCUGUGUCGUCACGCUCCUUCAACUCCCUUCACUCCCUGCACGCUACCGGCCCCGACCCAUACGAUAAACUCAAGUAUAAGCACACUAUUCAUUCUCUUCUUCAAAAGCUCUGGAUAAGGGACGGAUCAUUAACGUCAUUGCAGUCGUGGGCAUCUAGCCUUUCAUACGAUAGCCAGCAAGACGACCCCAACAACCCACGCGACUUCAUGCGCAGCUUCGUCGAGUGCAUCUUCAAGGCCCCCGAUGACAUCAGCGCCGUGCAAAAAGCGGCUUUUGCUGACGUUGCUAAGACUGACAGCGGCCGACUGUGGUUCGCGAGAUGCAUCAAUGGCAAGCGCUGCUGCCGGUGCGUGUGUGACGCGAGCUUCCUGGCGCUGGUGCAGCACUUCAGCGUCGUGCUAGCCGAGUGCGCUGAGGCUGAUGACUUCUCGCCUGCUAAAAGCCUUAUGAACAUGUGCUUCACAUAUUACCAUGAACAGAAAAGCCCAAAUAGCGAAGUUCGGACCAAAGAGUUCCUGUACAUGCACCUUCGACAUCAGCCGAUCUGGUCGUCGCUGCGAUUCUGGAACGCAGCUUUUUUCGACGCCCUUCAAUGCGAACGAACUUUGCGCCCCGUCGCCACGAGACAGGAGCUCGAGGCGGGAUCUAAGGACCAGGCAGUCAAGGAUGAGCUUCACUACCAGGAAAACAUCACUUUUGGACAGCUUGGGACGUUCACCUGCAACAUGCACGCGUUUGGUCUAAGCAAAGAAAUGGUGUCGGAGUUUCUGCGUAAACAAGUCACCAUAGCCAGUCUGCGUUCAGAGCAAGUCCAGCUACUCAGAGACAACGUGAACCGCCUCUACAGCGAGGAGCCUGAGUGGCAAUGAACUCGCUUACAUAUUUUUUUUCUAGGAAAAUUCCUGAUGUUUCCAUUUAGAUCGAAAAGCAUGAAAUUAUUUGCUUUCAUUUGCUCACGUGAAGAUAUUCCAUGGCAUGCGAUAUACUAGUCUCUGAUACUAAAAGUUUCAGGUAAUGUAUUGUAUUUUUCUUUAAUGAAAAUAUUUUGCCUUCAUUUCACUAAUAUGACACAUCAUUCAAGUGAAGACGCAAAUUUUACAAUAAAUAUUUCACCCAUAAUUCUGCGAAGUAGCACCACAGGUUCAUUCAUGCAGCAACGAAUUGAUGACGUCCAAAGUAUUGAGGCGUUCUUUUGCAGAUCACCUCUUCAUAAAGAGUGUUUUACUUGGCCAUAAAAUAUAAGUAGAAACACUAUGUCAAUUUAGGUCUUCCGCAUCUGUUGUGGGUGUGAAUUCAAGAAACACGAAGAUCUUACCUUAUCUCUUACGUGUUAUUGUUAGCCUUUGUUAUUGUUGAACAAUAUUGAAGUAAAAUAAAAACUGAAGUCUUUCCUGUAACAUUUCAGAGUCCGAUCGUUCAUGAUUCUGGUUUAUAAGAAAAAGCCUGAUAAAUGAUUUAUUCAUUGUGACUUCAGGGCCAUCACAAUACUUCUUGAAAAUAAUUACUCCUGAAAAUAAUUACUCCAUAUUGUGAUCACCCUGCGUUUGUUUGAAUGACAUAAACUGUUAUGUUUACCUAUCUUCGAUGUUUUGGUUCCGUAAUUAGUUUUAAUAGUAAUGGAGAAAACUCUCCAUACAGUAAAGAAAGUAUAGAAAGUGCGGUCAAGAGCAGAAAAGAAUAUAAAUAUUAGUAAUAAUUGUGCCAGUUUGGCUUCUGCAAUAUGUUUCUGCUAAGCUGUUCUCAUUGAUGCUGUGCGUGAUUGUGAUGAAAGAUUCAUCGUUAUCAUGAAUACCUUUCUUGACCGUUUAGAAUCAUAUUUAAAAUGACUUAAGUCGUAAAAUAUUUAGAGGAAAACGUAUCAACGAAAACUUUAUUAAUUCCUAAUAUGCAUGGUAUAGUAACUCAUCACUAUUUAUUUAUGUAUUGCGCUGAACUUGGUCAUGAGCCCACCAAUAAGAUUUAUUCUGUUAUAGGCAUUGAUGAAAUUUGAAGCUCACAACUUCUAGUAUCGAUUUGUCUUAUACUCGUAUGGGAGGAUUGUUGAUUAUUAAUACUGUUGUUGACGACGGUGAUGAUAUUUGUGAUAUUGUUGUUGAUAUUGUUAGCUUGUACACGAAACUGGUUAAAUGCAGCAACAGCUUCUCUUGUUGUUAGAAACGCUUCUUGUUAUUGCUGAUCCAUUACAGAGUGAUUAAAUUUUGUUACUAAAAUUGAGAUAAUAGUUGAUUUUCUGGUACCUGCAGUCCUUGGAAUUUCGGAGUUUUUUCCUGAUCACAGUUUUGAUUAAUUUCCACUGUCAGCUGUGUUGCAGGAAGCUGUGGCUGG